AACAAUUUAAAAUUAAUAUUUUCUCACAUGUCAUUUGUUUCAUAAUAAUAAGAGUGAAAUAUGAAAAUAACCAAAAUAUUGAGUUUUUAAAUACGCUUUUCAAAAAGGAAUAGUUAUCCUACCAUUAAAUUAUUCAUCGUAGGCAUCGACUAUCAACCAAUAAAACAUGAUAGUAUUAUUCAUAACUCCACAUUUUGCUGAUUAAUAAAACUAAGAUUUUGUAUAAAUUAUAUUUUUUUGUAUACAAUUAUAAAACCAUACUUUAAAAAAUAUUCUACCAACAAUUUGCGUUCUUCGCUAUAUAUUGCACUCUUAAUAAUUAUUUUAUUAUAAUGUCGUAAUAAUUAACCUUUUUUAAUAUAUUGCAAGCAAAACAGAAAACUGAAGAUGUCUUCUAAUUUAACAGCUAUCUUGAAUUCUAAUUCAAAAUUUGAUAACAUGUAACACGAAAAUCUAAUAUUUUAUUAAAAUUAUAAAAACUGUAAAAAAUAGUUUUAAAAUUUUUAGAUGUUAUUACCUAGUACUUUCAAUGGUGUCAGUUAAAUAAUUAAAAAUCUAAAUUCAAUGCUGAUAAGAUAGAUAAUUUAUCUAUAUAAAUGUUUAUAAAUGAGAUAAUAAAUAAAUUAUUAGUGAAAUAGAUAGGCUAAUGUUUAUAAACACAAUUCUUAUCACCUUUAAAAAAAUGGAAUUUAAAUUAAAAACAAAUGUUUAAUUGGCAGGAAUUAAACUUUUAAAUUAACGGGGAGACCCGUUUGGUUGAUCACUUAAAUUAAUUAUAUUACCUUCGGCAGUGUACGCUACGGGUCAGUUCCUUCUUGUUCAGACUUUCGCCAAUGUCCUUUAGGUUAACGCUAACACCAGGCUCUUGCAUGAAAACCUAGACGGCCUCCAAUAUCAAGUAGAAGCGGUUAAAAGUAGAAAACACAUAAUAAAUGAGACGAUGUAGGCAGGCAACAAAAUUGCGCAAGAAAUUCGAAGUAUUCGGACAAAUGCUUUGAAUACUAUAAACUGCGACAAGAAGACAUGCUCAAGGCAAAACUGACGAAAAGGAGGAGCAAAGCAAACUCAAGGAAAUGGUCAAAGAUCAUGCUACGAUGCGAAAUCGAUCAUUUACCUUCGUUAGUAUACGCUAUGUGCCACGGUGCCAGUUCCGAAUUCUUAUUCCGCCAAUGUCCGCCACGCCGCCGCCGAUGCAAAACUUCUAGAAGCGGGAAAUGGCGAAAAGUCAGAAGCACAAGCACGCCGCGAUGCUGCGCAUGCGCAUUACGUUGUGAAAAAUGGAUCGUCCUAAAAGGCCUAUAAUUAAGCCAUCUAGAUAUGUGACUACUUCAUCUGAUGAAGCUCCACGGAAAAGGAUAGCUGAUGGAAGAGAAAAAUCAUUAGAAGAAGAUAUGAGAGAUUUACGAGAAGUUUUAGAUAAUAACUCUACUAUUAAUGAAAUCAUACAUCACACUAACUCACAAGAUGCACAAAUACUCAAUCAAAAUCAACAAAUACAUCCACAAUUAUACGUCCAAUCGUCUCAGACAUACAUACCGACAUACUGACCAUUCAAAUAUUUCUUAUACACAGAUAUGUCUCAUACACCAUACCCCAUUCACGCACCAUAUCCCAUAUCCCAUAUCGAAUAUACGCCUACACUUACACGGGAAUUUAAUACUACACAUGCUGUUUCUCAAUUUCAGACUCAAUCACACUCAAACCAGACAGAAAAUAAUAUGCAACAUUGGAGGAUACAAGAACGCCGACUGGACGCAAUUGAAAACCAAUUAAAGUGGAUUAUCUUCAAUACAUUGGCGGAUUCACAACUAAAAAAGCAAUUAAUCUAUGCUUCAAGGAAGUUAUUGCAAAUCAAACGACAAUGUCAUUCACAUGGUUUGGCCAUGAAGAAGGUUCUCGACCUUUGUACAACGCACGUAUCAUCAAAGCGGUUUAUGAUCAUCUUAAAUACAGUCUUAAGAUGCAACCCAAGCAGCAUUUUGACGUCCGCCCGACGUUAAGAUAAACACACUUAAUGUUGAUAUCCAACGU